AUGACUGAAUACAGCGGAACACUAACUCAUGUGCCAGACCUGGAGGUCUGCAGUGAGUAUAUUGCGGGCAAUUUGGGCAGACCUGCGAAGAAUACUCAAAUUAAGAUCAGAGAUGUGACAACCGGUUCCAGUCUUGGCCCUGAUAUAGACGGAGAAAUUUGUGUUCGCGGACCCAAACUCUUCUCUGGAUAUCUCAAUAAUCCUUUGGCCACAAGUGAAGCCAUAGAUAGCGAAGGAUGGCUUCGCACCGGAGAUAUUGGUCAUUACGAUCACAAAAAUAGGGUUUUCAUAACCGAUAGACUUAAAGAACUGAUCAAAUUUGGGACAAAACAAGUCUCUCCGACAGAGAUUGAGCUCUUUUUAAUGACACACAAAUGUGUGGCAGCGGUAGCAGUGGUUGGCGUCAAACACGAGACACAGAGUCAAUGGGUUAGGGCUUAUGUCAAAGUGAAAGAUGGGAUGUCUGUCACCGAAGACGAGCUCAAACAAUAUGUCUCAGAUAAUUUGAAUGAUGCGAAACAAUUAAGGGCUGGCGUUGUGUUUGUCGAUCACAUCCCGAGGACUACUGUCGGGAAAGUCGAUCGAAGAUAUUUCAAACAAUUGAUUGCCAAUGAAUUGAUCAAAAGUUAUUAAUAAUUAUUACAUUUAUUAAUUUAAUCUCAACAGAAUUUUUCUCAAGAGAAGAAUAAUUUUUUCAUUUAUUUUUUAACAGAAUAUUUAUUAUUAAACUUGUUUUCUCUCAAUAAAUGAUUUACUAUUUUUAAAGCCAUAUCUAAUCAAUCGGUUUUAUUUCAAAUAAAUAGUUUUGCAUAAAGUGUUUGUUUCAUGAAUACAAUCGACG